AUGACUUCCUUGGUCAAAACUACGCCUUUCACUUUGGACAAUAUCCCGUAUGGCGUUAUCAGCACAGGUGAUAAUCCUAGUCGCAGAUGCGCCACGGCGUUUGGGGAAUAUGCUAUCGAUUUGAGCAAACUAGAAUCCGAUGGAUUUUUCAAAUCAAUAUCUGGAUUUAAGGACCAUGUAUUCACGCAGACGAAUCUAAAUACUUUUGCUGCUCUACCGAGACCCGUCCAAGUGGAAGUGAGGAAACGAAUUAUUGAAUACUUGUCUGGAGAUAUCAGUGAAGAAUCGCACCAAAAGUAUUUUAUUCCUCUGUAUCAAGUGGCAAACCACCUGCCUAUGGCUACGGCGAAUUACACUGAUUUCUACUGCUCUCUUGAACAUGCACAAAAUUGCUCAGAAGUCGCCGGCGGGCAAGUCAGCCCUAACUGGUAUUGCAUCCCCACAUGCUACAACGGCCGCACCUCGAGCUUGAGAAUAUCGGGCCAACCGAUCCGACGGCCCUGGGGUGUUGUUCAAGAAUCUGGACCAUCGUCCCAGCCAACCUGGUCUCCAAGCCAAAGGCUCGACUUUGAGCUGGAGAUGGGGGUUUUCUUAUCCAAGGCUAUCCCGGCAGGUCAGGUCCUAGACAUCCGGCAUGCCAAAGAGCAUAUCUUUGGAUUCGUCCUCUUGAAUGACUGGUCCGCCAGGGAUAUUCAAAAGUUUGAAAUGCCUCCACUCGGACCAUUCCACAGCAAAGGGUUUGGGACGACCAUCUCACCAUGGAUUGUUACAAUGGAGGCACUAGAGCCAGUCGCAUGUCCGAGAGUAACCCAGCAGAAUCCCUCGCCGCUGCCACAUCUUACCUGGAAGGACUCAGCCGAGUCAGAGAUAUUUAAAAUCGAGCUUUCCGCAAAGAUCUUGAGAAACGAUAAAGUGUACCAUGUGACAUCCACCAACCUCAACGAGUUGUAUUGGACGCCCUAUCAACAACUUACUUAUCUCGCCAGUGCCGGUGAAGGUCUAUCCACGGGGGAUAUCCUUGGAACUGGGACAUUGUCCAGUAAUCGACAGAGCCCGGAGGGAGAGAAAGCCGGCCUUGCAUGUCUAUUAGAGAGAAUGAUGCCCAAGAAUAAGAUGUCUGUAUUGAAAAAUGAGGGAAUUGAAUUCCUAGAGGAUGGGGACGAGGUCGUCUUUGAGGGAUGGUGUUACCAUCCCAAGACGAGCAGAUGGUUUGGAUUUGGCGAAUGUCGCGCUAGGGUCCUCCAGGCAUUAAGCCUUGAGGCGUUGUAA